AGAAGUCCCACCAGAUGUGCCGUGCUGGGUGCGGGGCAGCAGAGCGUGGCUUGGGAAGCCGGGGGGUUGGGGAAGAGCGGGCGCGGGGGCGCGGCGAUAAGAUAGCGGUCCGGGCACCGUUAGCGGGACUGAGGUAUAACAUUGUGUCGCAUGGAACCAUGACGAGCGGACACGACGCGGCCAAUGCAGCAGGCACUCCGCAGGAGCUGUCCCCGGGCCUCAGGCAGCUGCUGGACCGUACCAAGUACCCGCUGAUGCAGGAGAACGGCCACCGCCGCUACGGGCCCCCGCCGGACUGGGAGGGCCCGCCGCCUCCCGAGGGGUGCGAGGUGUUUGUGGGCAGGAUCCCGCGGGACAUGUUCGAGGACGAGCUGGUGCCCGUAAUGGAGCGCGCGGGCCGCGUGUACGACGUGCGCCUCAUGGUGGACCAGGUGGUGGGCAACCGUGGCUUCGGUUUCGUGCAGUACUGCACGCUGGCAGAAGCCAAGAAUGCGCUGCGCACGCUGAAGGAGGUGGAGGUGCGCCCCAGGCGGUCGCUGAGCGUGAGCCGCAGCGUGGACAACAAACGCCUGUUCGUGGGCGGCAUCCCUAAGACGCGCACGAGCGAGGAGGUGCUGGAGGAGAUGCGGCGCGUGACGGAGGGCGUGGUAAGGGUCAUCCUGUACUCCUGCGUCCACGACAAGAGCAAGAACCGCGGCUACACCUUCGUGGAGUACACCAACCACAAGGCGGCCGCCAUGGCACGCCGUAAGCUAUUCUCGGGACGCCUGCAGCUGUGGGGCGCCGAGGUGAAGGUGGACUGGGCCGAGCCCGAGCACAGCGUGGACGAGGACACCAUGGCCAAGGUAACCAUACUGUACAUAAGGAACCUCGCCCUGCGCACCACGGAGGACGACAUAAGGCGGAUGUGUGAGGCCUUUGCAAGUGACGUGACGCGUGUUAAGAAGCAGCAGGACUACGCCUUCGUUCACUUUGGCUCCAGAAAGAAUGCGGAGCGUGUAAAAGAGGCCCUCCAUGGUCGCGUGGUGGACGAGUGUGAGCUGGAGGUGAGUUGGGCCAAGCCGAUCAAAAAGGAGGAGUGUCAACAGAAGAGGGAGAAGAGGCUUAGGUCAAUGAUGAGCGCAGUGAAUGGUGGACAGACAAGCUACCUUCCUCACCUCUCCCUGGCUGGGGAGCCCAUGAUGGUUGUGCCACAGAUAGGGAAGCCAAACGGAACACAGGGCAUACAACACACAGCACACCACCCCUUGGCAGCAUCCACGCAGCACAUUGAGCCAACAAUAUUCAACCUACACGCAACGUCCUUCCUUCCCACUGAGGCACACCAGCUCAAGGCACCCACUGAGCUGGUGCUGCCCGGCUACCCCAACUUGGCCACUCCUGUGAUGACGGAGAAGAUAACGCAGAACACUGAGGACCUCCGAGGUGGCCUACAGAACUCCUCACCAAUAUCCAGAGUCCUGCCCCCCAGCCAGGCCCUGCGUGGCACCCCUCUUGCCCCCCAGUACUUCAUGGCAGCCCCCCAGUACUAUCUACCACCCCAUACCAUCCCCCACACAGCAGCCGCCCCACAGGCCAUACCCAUCACCUCUCAGCCCUACCUCUACCCCACCACUGCUGCUAUGACUGGCUAUGACGGAAUCAACCCAUACCUCCAGGCUUUCUACCAGCACGCCACCCUCUUCACCCAGCCUGCCAUCACCACACUAGACCGCUCUGGACAGCAGCGUUACACCACCAAUGAAUAGUAGACCACACCAGGGACUUCAGGAGGCAAAAAAGUGACCAAAAAAACUGAUCUCUUACCUUUAUGCCUUCCUUUUUUCAUUUUAUAUUCUGUCAUGUUUUUCUCCUUGUUUCUUGUGUAUUUUUUUCUUGUCUCUUUCUUCCUUUUCUUGUUCUUGUGUAGUAGUCUCUUCUGUAUUCAAAUGUCUCCUUGUUCCUCAUUUUUCUCUGUUUUUCUAUACCUGUGUUUUUUUUUUUGUCUUCCCUGUGCAGUAAUUCCUCCAGUAUCCAAAAAUUUGAUACCUGCACCUGUUAGUAUAAACUGUGCGGGGAUAGUAAACCAAACACACACGCUGGCCUGAUGUGGCAGUGUGGCGGAUGUGGUGGUGCUGUGGUAGUGUGCCAGUGCCAUCUUUUAUUUAUGCGUGCAUGUGUGUGUUUGUUUGCGAUGUGGUGGGGAAACAUUACUCCACAUUAGGGAAACAAACCCUUGAUAGGAACAUGUUUGCUUGCUUUCACUGCCCAUGGUUAGUUUCCCUUCCUUUUCACUGUGGCAUGUAACAGUUCACAAGACUUAAAGCAAUGUAUGGGGUCUUUAUAAUAUACAAGAAAGAAGGGGAUAAAGAAGAAGAGACUGCAAUUUCCAGCCAGUACAGUGUUUAGUGGCUGCAGAACAAGUAAAGGUGUCACAGAGCAGUUAGUGAUGGUUAGUGAUAAAGGAAAUGGUCAAUAUAUUAGCACAUGAACAAAUUCUAUAUUCAUUUCCCUGCUUUAACCCUUUGAUUGCCACUUGGUACACCUUUCCCUAAUCACCAAUCACUGUGAGACAUCUUUACUUGUCCCACAGCCACAUCCAAUCUUUGAACUGGGGAGAAAUUGCAAAAUGUAUUCUUUUUAUUGCUAACUUUCUUGUAGAUGCAUUGCUUCUGGUGCUGCUAAUUGUUUGGUGUUGCAGUGAAAGGGUUAACAGGCUUCAUCCAACAGACACACACACACACACUCACACAUGAACAAAACACAAAGGCUAAACCACGUAGAACAAAUACCAUUACUAUUGUGGUAUGUGGGACUAAGAUAAAAAAGAAGAAAAUAAAAAAAAAAUCUUCGUGAAUAACCAUAGAAAAAUGUCUUAAAUUGGCUGUACAUGCCCUUAACUAAUUGUAUUUUUGUCAGAUUGAGUCAAGCGUGUCCCAUCUCAUCUUGUACAAUGAUGGCCAGAAGUCUUGUACCCUGAUACCCUUAAAGAUCCCUUCAGUCUUCCACCUUCUGAUCCCCCUGCCACCCUUCCCUUCCCUGGCUUUGUGAGGUGACAGACAACCCAUUGGAGGACUUACAGGUUAGACAAAACAGUUAAAUUAGUGGAAAAGAAUAUGGCAUGUACACAAACUUUUGGCUGUAACUGUAAAUGAUACUUUACAAGAACAUUCCACACUGAGAUCUGAUAAAUACUGGGAAUUAAUCGGACUCGUGGAAUAUCUAAACAAAGGCGACAUUCAGACGUACACAAGUUACGACAGCAAAUAUUGGAGGAAGUCACUGUGUCUUCUAACUCUUUCCUAUUCUUCUUGUUCUGCUUUAGUUGAUAAGAGAAGCUGGGUGUAGGUGUGGUGAUGUGCCCUGCCAGGUGUGGUGUUUGAGGUAGAGAUGUGUGAGGUUACUUUGGUGGUGACAAGCUAAAUGAUAAUGGUGGUGAUGGUGGUGAUGAAAUGGCAUAUACAAGAAGACAAUAAUAGGUUCCUUAGCUCGUUGGUGUCUUUUGCAGUGAGGCAGUGAGGAAUUUGCCGGGAAUCUUUCGUUGUGUUGUGGCUUGCUUAGUUUGUAACGUGGCCCAUGAACCAGAGGACACUUGAUGGUAACUUGGUGGAAAUGUCAGGGAAACUUGUCAAGGACUUGCUGAAAAACUUGACAGACACUGAUAAAGACUUGCUAAAAACUUGCCAAAAAACUUGAUAGACACUGACGGGCAACUGCUAAAAGCUUGCUAAAAACUCAGCUGAUAGAAAGAUGAUGAAAAUUUGCUAAAAACUAGCAUAAAACUUGGUAGAAACUUGAUACAAACUUGAUAAAAACUCAAUCAAACUUGACAGAAACUAACAUAAACUUGACAAGAGUGUUAGGGAGAUUUCAAAACACUUCUCAAAUUUGAUAUAACCCUUUUGACCACGUACACUUUGUAAUUGAGGAUUGGCACCUUAAUUAAUUCAGUAACUUUUUUUUUUUUAGCAUUUUUUGUUGCCUGAAGCCAUUGUCCCAUCUUACAUAAAAAAAAAAGAAAAAGAAAAACAGAGAAAAUGAAUAGUGAAAAAAUAUUAAGUCUUUCGCAAGAGACGCUAAACUUGCUGUGUGUUUGUAUGUGAGAGAGAGAAAGAGAGAGAGAGAGGAAAGCUUAUAACAAUACAUAGACAAUAGUAGGAGUGUCAUAUCUUAUUUUAACUUCCUUUGUCAUAGAAGCUUUAUAAUAAGAGUUAGCUGAAGCAUAUCAUGAGUUAUCUGCCUUAUGAAAGUGUGUGUGAAGCUAUGGUGGUGAUGGUGGUGGUGGCUGAGGAGAAGGAGGAGGAGGAGGGGUAGGAGGACAUUCCUAGUUAUUUAUUGAAGUAGUGUAAGGCAUUUAUCUAUACUGAAAGCUGAAAGUUUUACCGGUACUUAGAACAGGGCUACUUUUGUUUUCAUGUGCAUUACGUUCUCAUCCUUUACACCUUCUAUACAACACGUGUCAGAUAUUGCUUGCUUUUGCUAAAUGGUUCAGUGCUGUGACUUGGUAACUCCUUAACUGGCUGUGGUGGAAGUUAUGGGGGUUUUUAAGUGUGUAUGCAAGAUUACAGUGAUAAGUAAACAAAGGAUUCUGACUAAAUGAAGGAUUCUGAUGAGUAAACAAAGGAUUCUGAUAGGCAAACAAAGGAUUCUGACUAAAUAAAGGAUUCUGAUAAGGAAACAAAGGAUUUUGAUAGGCAAAACAAAGGAUUCUGAUAGGUAAACAAAGGAUUCUGAUAGACAAACAAAAAAUUCUGAUUAAACGAAUGAUUCUGACAGGUACAUAAAGAAUUCUGAGAGAUCAACAAAGGAUUCUGAUAGAUAAAUAAAGCAUUCAGUAUUUUCAGAAGCAAAAGCACCCAUGAUAACUCAAUUUCUUAACUUAUUAUAAUAGAAGUUAUUGAAGUUUCCAAAUUUCAAGAGCACAUGAUUCUGGUAAUAGUAAAACAAACAAUUAUGUGUCUUAUAGCAAAAAACAACCAGAAGAACUUGAUUUAUUUUUUUAACUGGCUAUAAUGGAAGUUACCAAGGUUUUCAAGAGUGUUUGCAAGAUUACAGUGACAGUGAAACAAAGAACACACAUUUACUAGGAAAACACACAUGAGAAAGAGCGUUUAACAGUACCAGGUCAUAUAUACAAGACAGAAAUACACUUAGAGAAUCCUUAGAGCUGGAGAUGGUUGAGAGGAGACCAGUGGGGGGACUAAAGAAGACCUGGAGAUGGUGUGUGGAGGACAUAAUAAUAAUAAUAAUAAUAAAGGAAGGAAAAAGGUGGGAUGAAAUAGCAAAAAAUACAUAAUACAAAAACAUAAGAAAAAGAAAUAGGAAGACUGAAGAAAAAGGUGGUAGUUUUUUUUUUAUUAUUAAUUAAUUAUGAGAGAGGAGUUUAAGUCAGGAUGAGUGUAGAAGGCUAGUCAAGCAUAGUGGAUGAUUAAGAUAAAGAAAAGUUAUGAUAUUUUUUGCUUGCAUUUUGAGUAGCCCUGGUCUAGAGGUUGUGUAUGUGUGUGUGUGUGUGUAUGUGUAUGUAUGCAUAUUAUUGUGUAUGUGUGUACCUCGUGCGUCUAAUGUAUGGAUUUAUUACUUUCCGAACCUUUUGUGUAGGACUGAAAACCCUCUUCUGUGUAUUUUUAUCCCUAUGACAAGAGAAGGAGAAAGGGAGAGGUGAAAAAGAAAGGAAUCGUAAAAUUUAUUACUCUCAGAUGCUUUGUGCAGGUCAAGAAAAAUAAACGAGUAUUUUUUGUAGAAUCCAGUAUCUUUCUGUGGCAUCCGGUAUCCUCUCCCACCUCCCAGAAUCUAAAGAAAGCAGUAUUUGAAAGAGGAUCUGAAUAUAUUAAUGAACAGUGUUACGGACUGACUGAUCACAUACAGAUGAGUGAAACGUUAAUUCUUUGAUGAUUUUGAGGGAAAUGUUAUUACUACCUUUGGCUUUUUAUGAUAAUCUAUUCCUGUUUCUUAUUUUUUUUUUUCAAUAUUUCAACGCAUAAUAGUGUUCUUGUUUAAUAUAUUUCUUUUUAAUUCGUUUCUUCUUCACUUUUUUCGUGAUUUUGUGUUGAUUGUUAUGCCUUGUGACUACAUUUGAAUUGCCUUGUAUUCCCUAUUAAUUUCUUGUAUAAUCUAAGUGUUAAUUCAAUACUAUUUAGUUAAGUAUAUUUACUGUAGUGCUUAGUUACCAUGUAUAGCCACCUGCAGUGAUUCUGUCUAUGAUUCCCUUGUGAUAAUGUACUACUUUCCUUUUAUAAUCUUCAAUGAAUGACAACAGCAAUGCCUAAUUUAUGCUUAACAAAUUUUUUUUUUUUAUCAAUUUUUACCGUUCUUCAUGAAGCUGUAGUAUAUUUUCGAGAUGAUUCUUUAAUUCUUAUGUCUUUCUCUUUUAUUUUUUUUUAGAUACCCCCUUAUUAUUAUUAUUUUUUCCCCUUUUCUUUAAGCCUCUUCUAUUUAUUUAAGUGAUCUGAAUCAAUCUUCUCUGGGAUUGGAUUGCUUCAGAUUACACUUAGAUCAUAAGAACAUAAGAAAAUAAAGGAAACUGCAAGAACCCACAUGCGGCCUACACGUGGCAGUCCCUGUAUAAAACAAACCUGCCUAUUUUUCACCGACCAACCACAUCCAUAGAUAUGUCAGACCCUUAAAAGCUCCCUAAUGACUCGACACUGAGAACUGAGUCUCUUCCACUCAUCCACCAGUCUAAUGAGAAGCAAUAUUUUAGAAUCAAACAUCGUGAGGCUUACGUAUUAAUUUUUCAUUCCUAUUGUUGUAUUAUGAGCUGUAAUGGAAGCUUAUGGUAUUGUAAUGACUGGUGGAUGGUUGAGUAAGGGUUAGAAUGACCAAAUUACAACGAAUACCCAAAUUACAGAGUUUGAGGUGGCUGUGAAAUCUUGUACCUUUCCCAGUUGUCUCAUUAUUAUUAUUAUUAUUAUUAUUUUUUUUUUCUCUCUGUUUCCCUAGCCCAAAGUCCCUCUCCCAUAGAAACAACAACAACAAUAACAACAUAUUUUCAUUUACAGUUCAAGGCAGCGACAUAAUCAGUAGUCUGGUAAAUAGAAGAGGCUUUUUAGUUUACAUUACUCAUAGUUCACUUAAAAUCUCACCUGCUUAUUAUCAUUAUUAUCAUUAUUAUUGUUUAUGAUUGAUUUAAUGUACUCCUUAUUUUAUUUUGCCAGACAAACGCGCACUCUUUAUUUUUUUCUCUCUUAUUGUGAGUAGUUUAUUUAUUUUUAUUUAUUUAUUUAUUUUUUUCUUAAGCACUGCAUGUAUAUUUUUUUAGCAUGGUACCCCCUUCCUUCCAAUCCUCCUACCCCCCCCUCUCCUCCCUCCCCCAUGUGCAUGCCCUACCGCUGGCUUACUGUAGUUAUUAUUGUAGUUAUUUAAAUACUUGUAGCAUUAAACUAUUAUCCGUGA